UAUGUCAUUGGAGAAAACUUAUUUAAUCGGUGUUCCUAUUGAGAAAAUUAAUAACCGUAAGCUUCCGACUGUCAAAGAAGUUUUAUCAUUAUUUUUUUAUCAACAUAAAGUUCUCAAAUUAAAAAUUUAUGAUAGUGCUUCAAAAACUGCUAGUGUCGUUCAAGACUGCUGGAAUAAUUUGCAGAUUUCAACUUCUGGUUUUUGCAACAUUGUAAAGAAAAUAAUUAGUAUUUUCAAAAAGUGGAAAUAUUUACUGUGCAAUCGCAAAAAAAAAUCACGUGCUCAAAAACAAAGAGAAAAUAGCUUUGAAAAAAAACUCGAACAAUUAUUUAACAUCGCUGGGAAGAAUAGUUUAAAAGGUUUCGAUAGAAAUAAUAAUAUUGAUUUUCAACUUCCAAUGUCUUCAAAUCUGCAAGAAAAUAAUAAUAAUAUCUCAGACGAAAAACACGAAGAAAUAAUGGAAAUAGAGGCGAUAGAAGACACCUCUCGUGAUUAUAACAGUAAUGAUGAUUGUGAUGCUACAACAUCUAGUCAGGAGUUGCAAUCAAAGUCAGAUUCAUUUAUGAGUCAAAAUUCAAAUGUGUCUAACUUUGAAACAGAUUUUUUAACAGCAAAACGGACACCAAAAAUUAAUAUUAUGACGCCAGAAUUAGCUGCUGCACUGGAUCGUGGUAAUGUAAGUAGCCGAAGCGCCACAUAUGUUUUGGCAGCUACUUUAAAAAGUGUGGGAUUCGAUACUCGGAAUGUAAAUUUGAGUUAUAAAACUAUUCAACGACAGCGUAUAAUUCAUCGGAAAGAAAUUGCUAAAGGCUUAAAAGAAGACUUAAAAUUCAAUGACAAUUAUGUGGUCCAUUGGGAUGGUAAACUGCUAAGUGAUAUUGUUGGGACAGAAACAGUAGAUAGGCUUCCGGUGCUUUUAACAUCGUCUGGCAGUGAACAGCUAUUGGGUAUUCCAAAAAUUAAUUCAGGAUCUGGGAUUGAGCAAGCUUUAGCUGUAUACUCAACUAUGGAGCAAUGGGGUGUCAGUAAUUACAUAAAAGCGAUAUGCUUUGAUACUGCAGCAACCAAUACGGGAAUUCAUCAUGGCGCUGGCGUAGAGCUUGAGAAAAUUCUGAAACGAAAGCUUAUAUGGUUACCCUGUCGUCAUCAUGUAAUUGAACUUGUCAUAAAAGGCGUUUUUGAAGCUUACUGGCCAGUACAAUCAGGUCCGAACGUUCCAUUUUUUAAUCGAUUUAAAAUCGGUUGGAAUAAAAUCAACACAUCCAAAUAUAACGCUGGCAUCAACGAUAAGAUAGUGGCUAAUAUACUAUUAAACAAAAAAGAUGAACUAUUAAGUUUUAUCGAUAAUUAUUCGCAGAAAUUUCUUCCAAGAAAUGACUAUCGAGAAUUUUUGGAGUUAUCAUCUAUUUUCUUGGGAGCUACGCCAAAGGAUAAUUACACUUUUAAAUGUCCGGGAGCAAUGAGUCAUGCUCGUUGGAUGUCGAAGGCGAUUUAUUGUUUGAAAAUAUUUAUUUUUCGAACAGAGUUUAAGAUUACACCUAAAGAGUUAAAUAAUCUUCGUCAUAUUUGUAUUUUCAUAGUUACAACUUAUAUAAAAGCUUGGUUUACUUCAUCCUCGGCAAUUUUGGCUCCAAAUAAUGAUUUGACUUUGAUGCAACAAUUGAUAUUAUAUAACAAAAUAAACUCGACUGUAUCGCAAGCUGCUCUCAAGAAAAUGGUGAGACAUUUAUGGUAUUUGAGUGAUCAAUUAGCCAUAAUGUCUCUAUUUGAUGAUUCUAUUGACCUGACUGUGAAGAAACAAAUGAUUGAAAAUCUAAUAAAUAAUAAAUCAUCAAAUACUAAAACCAGAAAAUAUGAAGUAGCAAGCGAUUCAGAUGAAUUGCUAGAAAAGAUAUCAGUGACUUCAUUUCUGUAGAAUCGCUCACCAUAUUCAAAGAAUUUGAUUUGCCGUAUGAUUUUAUCGAUGAAGACAUAAGCAAUUGGUCCAAUAAUGAUAGUUUUCAAGAGUGUAAGGAAUUUUUUGGAAAAUUAGCUGUCGUCAAUGAUGUUGCAGAACGUGGUGUAUCAUUAAUUGAAGAUUACAAUAAGUGUCUCACUAAAAACGAAGAACAACUUCAGUAUUUGUUGUUAGCCGUUAGUGAACACCGGAAAAAAUACCCAAAUUGUAAUAAAAGUAAUUUGAUUGAAUAA